AUCAUUGUUGAUCAAGGUACCUCUGUAGAGGAAAUUUUCUAAGCUUUUUAUCCGUUGCUUCUGAUUACCUUUUCGUCGGAAAGAUGGAAGACAAAGCGAGCGCUGGAAAUACCGCAGUCGAGGCCGCGGAAAAACCAACCUCUACACCAUCGAAGAAGACUACGAAGAGCAAGUCGAAAACUCAACGUUCCAAGGCUUCUCACCCACCGACUUCCGAGAUGGUGAACGCUGCUAUUAAGGAAUUGAAGGAUCGCAAGGGAUCGUCUUUGCAAGCCAUCAAAAAAUACAUCGCUACCACGUACAAGGUUGACGGCGAGAAAGUCGCCCCGUUCAUUAAACGCUACUUGAAAACCGCCGUAACAUCUGGCACCGUCGUGCAGACGAAGGGCAAGGGAGCAUCUGGAUCGUUUAAAUUGUCCACUGGCAAGCUCUCUGACAAUUCUAAGACCAAAAAGUUGUCACGACCGGCGAAGAAGGCUGAACCAGCGAAGAAAGCUCAGUGGGUAGAGAAGAAAACUGUUUCGAAGAAGACUGCUCCUGCCAAGAAAGCACCAGCGCCGAAGAAAGCUGCCGCUGAAAAGAAACCGGCAGCUCCAAAGAAGAGCGCAGCUAAGGCGGCUGUAGCGAAACCCAAAGCAGUUGUCGAAACUAAGAGCAUGUCGAGGACUAAAAAAUCCGCUAAAUCACCAGCAGCUAAGACCAAGACGCCCAAACCUAAGAAGGCAGCGACGCCAAAAGCAGUCAAAUCCGCGGCGAAAAAAUAAUUACCUGAAUCCCUA